AUGUGCGGCUUGCGCCAAAGCCUUUGGAGACUUCCGGAAGAGGAAGUUGGAGAUCCUUCGGCCACUGACCGGCUUCCAGAGGCCGGAACGACGAAGCUCACCUGGACCUCGACCGACAAGAUGCUCGCGGACCCUUUGACAAAAGGGAUGAAGCACGACGGCCUAAAGAGGCUGAUGGAUGGCUUUGAAGUCGACAUGUCACCGACUCUGGAUGGAUUGAGGGCCAAGAAAGAAUAUGGGUGUGAAAUGGAACAUGUUGACCUGGCAGAAUCCUCACUCCAUGCGGUUGACGCCGCAGUGGCAGAUGCCACUGGCAUUGACAUUAGCCCAGAGAUGUUGUCCAAAGCCAUGCGCUCCGGCUUCUAUUCUUGCUGCAAGGUGGUCGACCUCAAGAAGCGCUUCGAGGGCUUGGAGGACGAGGCCUUUGACCUCACACUCUGCCUCGGGACCUUGACCUACAUGUCCCCCGAAGACAUGACGCUGACGGAGCUCUGCCGCGUCACCAAGAAGGGUGGCUACGUGGUGUUCAGCAUGAGGACCGACCUCUGUGAGAAGUGGGAGGCUGCUCAGGCGGCCCUCGAGCAGAAAGGCGUGUGGACUCAUUUGGGGACCAGCGAAGGCUUCGACUAUUUGCCCGCGAACCCGGAGUACGGGAACACUAUCUUGGUGAAGGUCUACGUCUACCAAGUCGCAUGACCAGUCCCUGAAUCUGGCACGAUUCCUUUUUCGACCGAUGAACGACCAGGACCCACCGUGACCUCGGCGCCUUGCAGCUUUAACCACGACCACAGAUUCCGCGUCGCCUUUUGCAGUUCCACCCCUGCGGCUUGCGCGGUUGGGCGGAGUUGAUGCACGGAAACCUGCGUGUGAAAAA